UCAUCAUUAUGUAAUUUUAUUUAUUUAAUUUCACAUUGAGAUUAAACAACUAACCAAGUGCCCAUAAAUAAAGACCUCCUCACUAACAUAACCUCAUAGUGUCGACAUGGUUUGCCAGAAAAAGCUUUUGAUACACAAAGUCUAUGGCUUGUAUGAUCAAAUCUCAAGCCUUGAGAGUCUCAAACCUUCCAAAGAUGUCGACAUGCUCUUCACACAGCUUGUUCUCACGUGCAUACCUCCAAACCCUAUUGAUGUUAAUAAACUUUGCAUGAAAAUCCAAGAUAUGAGGUCUAAGCUCAUUACACUCUGUGGAGAAGCUGAAGCUCUCUUAGAAGAUCAUUUCUCUACAAUCUUAGCUUCUUUUGAAAACCCACUUGAUCAUCUCAUUGUCUUCCCUUACUAUUCAAACUACCUUAAACUUAGCCACCUUGAAUUCACCAUCCUUGAACAACAUCACCCUCAUGUCCCUACCCAAGUUGCCUUUGUGGGUUCUGGUCCUCUUCCUCUGACUUCAAUUGUGUUAGCCACCAAUCACCUCACCAGUGCCUCUUUCCACAAUUAUGAUAUUGACCCAUCAGCAAAUUCUAAAGCUUUUCGCUUGGUCUCCUCUCACCCUGACCUCUCCAAAAGAUUUUUCUUUCAUACCACUGAUAUCUUGAAUGUUACAAAUGGAUUGAAAGAGUUUGAUGUAGUUUUCUUGGCAGCUCUUGUUGGGAUGGACAAGGAGGAGAAGAUUAGGGUGAUUCAUCACUUGGCUAAGUACAUGGCUCAUGGGGCUAUUUUAAUGGCGAGGAGUGCGCAUGGUGCUAGAGCUUUUCUGUAUCCUGUGGUGGAUCCUUGUGAUCUUAUAGGGUUUGAAGUUCUUUCUGUGUUUCAUCCUAUUGAUGAAGUGAUUAACUCAGUUAUCAUUGCUCGUAAACAUCAUCAAAUGGCUAUACGAUCAUGAUCAUCAUCAUCAUCCAUCAACAAUCUUUUGUCCCCAGUAUGAUACAGCUGCUUCCUACCAAUUGUUCUGAGAUCCAUUCCAUAUUAAUUAAUUAAUUAUCAAGAAGCAUCCUAUUCACAAGAUUACCUGUAUCCAAAAAUAUAUAUAAUAUCAAUGUAUUUGAAUUCUAUCCUC